AUGUUCGGUACUUUCCAAACAUUUCUAAUUAUUGCAUUUAUUGAACAAUUUUUAACUCAACCUAUCGAUGAAAUCUCUCCAACACCAAAAAAUGAAAAUCAGCAAAUAUGCUUAAUAUGUCAAGAGAAGCAACAAAGAUACGAUGAUGGCGAUGAUGGAGACAGAAUAAAAAUUGCUCCGUUACUUGAAUAUGAUAAAACAAUGGGAAUUGAUAAUCUUGAUGAAAUUGAAAAUGAAGUAUUACUGAUCAAUUCAACGGCAUGGCUGCAAAAUCCAACUGAUCCAAAAGAUUGGAAAGAUGAAGUAGCGAAGUUUCAAGGAGUGUACCAAACACUUGAAUUAAAUGAAGCAAACAAUCAAUUGAAAGCAUUGAAAGUGAAGGGGAAUGCAUUUGAAAUGGAAAAAGAUGCGAAUAAAAGAAAUGCAUUGAAGAAAUGGCAUCGUUUACCGAUUAUUCGACUUCGAAUUCAUAAAAUUGAACAGAGCAUUUUAGAUGGUGACAGUUUUGGUGACAGCAUUGGUGCACUUCAGCACAUUGAUAAUAUUCGGAAUUUAGCUAAUGAGAUUUCGAAAGUUCUUCAAGAAGUAUACAAUUACUAUGAGCAAAUGGACAAUGAAUUAUCUGAAAGUUACAAUAUUUUGACGGAUAUUGAAGAUAAACUUAAUGCAAAACGUGAAAAAGACGGCAAAGUUAGACGUUCUAAAUGCAUUUGGUUUAUUUGCUAUGAUUGA